UCCACGUUGCUGCAGUAUAGCUUAAUACGUCUCGUUUAUCUCUUUUGUGCUCUGUUGCAAACCGUUAUGGUCAUUAGCAUUUCUAUGAAACCAGGGGUGUAGUAUGCCUGUGAGAUAAUUCCGAUCCUAGCGUCUGUUAAUGGUUUUAUGAGUAGCUAAUAGCCUACUGGAAAUACAGACAUAUUACGUUGUAUUUGAUUUAGUUUGUUUCACUAAUAUUCUUUAGUUACUUAGUCGUAUUGUAAUUUUUUUUUUUUAUUAAAGGAGAAAUAAAAAGCACUUCGCAAAAUAGCCUUUUGUGCUGAACAAUAGAAAAUAUGUCACUCAAAUGUGGUGAGAAAAAAAAUACAAAAGUAUUGUAAUACUUAAGUAUGGAUGCAAUAUAAACUAUUCAAAAUGAACAAAAUCAGAUCGCGAAUUGUGCGUAUCACUAGAUAAAGAUUCAUUAAAUAUUUAACAAGCUGGAAUAUGUCGUAAAAUGUAGGGAACCAUGCACUGUUCUGCAGAAUUAAUUGCUUAUUUUCGAACAAGUGACUAAUUGGCCAUCCUAAUUUCAUUACAGUAUAUAUCCCUUUUUUAAUACAAAAAUAAAUAUUUUUUAUAUUAAAACAGAUAUGAGAAUCAAACUUAAAGUGGUGUUUAUACUGAUUCUAAUAAUUGUAUUUAAAUUUGAUAGUUAUAGCUGUCUGAAGCACUGGCUAUCAAACAAGAUUCCAGAUAAAGAUGAAAACUGCUUAUGCAACAAAUGGGUGUACUUGUCGUCAGACAUAAAAUGGAAAACGCACGAAUUCAAAGAAAAGAACAGAUUUAAUUCUGCAAAAUCUUGCCGAUAUGCAAUUCAACUCAAUCGGACUAAAUGCGUUUCUACAAAACUGCAAGCAUCAGGGCAGAAUGUAGACGGUAAAAAACAUUGCAAGAAGGGUCAGGUCAGGAUUGACAGAUCGUUUUACCUUCCACGAAAUCGAUGUCACGCCGGAUUUCAAAACUUCCAAAUAACUGAAAAUUGUGACAAGUGCGAGGAUGAAUACAAAAGAACGUUUUCUUUGUGUUAUUCAAGACUGAGUGAGAACAAAAAGAACAGGGUCCACUACUGUAAAGUGAAUUGGACAAAUUGUGAAACGUCACAAUGUAAUUCUAAACCCCACUUCCGGUGGUCAUUGGUAAAACUUUCUGAUGACUGCGGUGCCAAAUGUACCGAUGGGCUUUCAAUAGGUAUGAUAACAUCGGUAAGAAAAUGUGUGGCAUUGCAGAAUAACAGUGACAUCGCAUCAGGUGUUAGUUGUUUACCUGUCGAAGUAGGAAAAGAACGAAAAUUUAAAUGUCCGUUGUUGCCGAACUGCAACGAUGCUAUUCCCACAAAUGAAAUUAAGUUUCACGUUGCCACGUCCGAUGCGCUUCCUACGUCCACCGGAAUUCCAAAUCAAGAAAAUGAUGAUUGCAACUUAUCAACCACAUCAUCAAAUAAAGACAUUAAAAAAAACCAAACGAAUACUAACAUGGGUAUUACCGUGAUAUUCACUUCGACUUUUAAUAAUAUUAUCUCAGAAGAAGUAACCGUUUCUGCCCCUGAAGAGGAUACUAAUCCAGAAACAGAAGUCAUCCUAGUGACGUCAUCAUCGUGGAGUUCCUUUGUCGUUGCCAUGACCAUCAUCGGAAUUAUACUUCUUCUAGUUGUGAUAUGCCUCGCGUCAGCUGUUUGUUAUAUUGUGUUUUGUCAAAACAAAAAGAAUGUGACAAAUAUCUACGAAGUAGUAAGAAGAUCUAGAAAUUCUUUAGAAAGAGGCUACGAGAGGUUUAGCGCAUUUAUUCGCGGUCAGAACCAAUGUAUCGAUUCUACUAAGCCAGGCCCAUCUCAAACAGUGCCGAUGGAAGCAGUAACGCCGAUUACACUACAUAUGAAUGACAAAGUAGUGGUUGAUAAUGAUGAAGAUGCUGAAUAUUGGACGAUCUGUGACGUGAAUGGCGAAGGAGUGACGUCAUUUUUUCGUGAUGACGCCAUCAAUCAUAACAUACCAUUGGAAAUGAGGAAAACGACGGCGCAGUAUGAUCCACCGAAAAUAAUUUCAAAACUUUCUGGUUCACUAAGCCAUGGCGGAAUCUCAAACAAAGCAAAAAAUCCCUUAGUGCCACCUACAGGAGAUAGUAUGCGCAGUUCAAGUGAAAAAGAGCUGAAAAAGAGAGUAAGUUGUCCGGGAUAUGAUUGGAAAACAAAAGCUCGACUAUCUGCUUUCCUUGAUGAUGAGCCUUCGCACUCCAAAAGUUGCGACGGUGACAAACAAUCGUUUGAUGACAUCAUCAAUGAAAUAUCGACAUUGCGUCGUGAUUUGUCGUUUAUUACUUCACGAACCAAGUCAGAAUUUUUGCCUAAAGAAGAAAGUGCGUUACAUACUAUGUAUGCCGACAGAUCAUCUUCGUCAGACGAGUCAGUGAACCUAUAUACUUCAGUUCCCCUAGCAAACUCGCAACAAGAGCCGAUACCAAUGUAUUCUCCACGUUUAUCAAUAACUGAAUCUCCUUUUAAAAAGAUUUUGCCGCCUAAAAGCCCAAUUGUGGCGUCACAGGUGUGCAACGUAACGUCAUUAACUCAAAAAUCGCCUGCUAUAAGUGUGUUGCACCCUAGAGAAAGAAGAUUCGGUCUGAUAAGAGGAAGAGAGGAUCAUAACUUGGGGAAAAUUGUGAUAGACACGACUAAAGCCAAACCAGAACAUAUAAACACCGAAGCCAGGAUUGCUAGACCCCAUCAUUCGUCGUUUGAUCCAUAUUAUAAAUAAAAAUGUGUUGUGAUAUAAGUAAUUUUCAUCAAUUUUAAGAUUUUUUUUCCAAAUAAAAAUAUGUAUCUAACAUUAUAAUAAAGCCGUACAAUUUGUUAUUAUUCAAAUACAUGUUAUUUGUUCUUUAUAAAUUUUCAUAAAUUCAUUAUGAUUAUUGAUUCAAUAAAAGCAUCGUUGUAAACGACAGGUUCUAAAAUAUCACUUAUAUACUUAUAGAUUCAAUGUCAUAUGCAUAUACCGCCAAUACUAUGGGUAGGCUAUAUAUAACCAUUUGGAUGUAUCAGCCAUUCAAGUAAUGUACAUAAAGUGCGAAUGCCCUAUGCAUAUAUAGUCAAAGAAUAAAUACACACAAAUUUUUAUGCUCUGGUCGACGAAAAAAGAACGAAUCCUAUUUACUUAAUUACUACAAUUUAUGCUCAGGCAAUCUAUAUCAUAAUAUCUUCACGUCCAAUUACACUUACAAUAACAAAAACUAAACGUUUAGACUUGAAAUUUCAAAGAAAUCACGGCAUUAAUGCCGUCUAUUAUUAUAUCGUAGAAAAUAUAACAUUAAUAUGACCACACAAUUUUUAUAUAGUCUACAUAGGCCAGCUAUAUUAUAAUAUCUGUACUUAUGUCUCAUUACAAUGUAGAGUUGUAGGAAAAGAAAAAUAUAAAAAAUUUGCCGCGGUGGUUGAAUUCUUCAUCGUGUUAUCUAAUUGAUAUUUCACGUCUAUAUCAGGGCUUUAAA